GCGAGGAAGGCGGGGCCUAUAGGGCAGGGGAGGGCGAGGCCAAUGGUGGCCGUGGGCCGGAGCGGCGAUGGCGGCCGUCCUGUCCCCGAGGGUCUGCGACAGCGACCCAGCCACGCCUGGAGCCCAGUCUCUGAAGGAUGAUACAGAGGAAAAUUCAAACGAUGGCAGCCAACCAUCUAAAAGACGACGGAUGGGCUCAGGGGACAGUUCACGCAGUUGUGAAACUUCAAGCCAAGAUCUCAGCUUUAGCUACUUUCCAGCUGAAAACCUGAUAGAAUACAAAUGGCCACCUGAUGAAACAGGAGAAUACUACAUGCUUCAAGAGCAAGUCAGUGAAUAUUUGGGUGUGACCUCCUUUAAACGAAAGUAUCCAGAUUUAGAAAGAAGAGAUCUAUCUCACAAAGAGAAACUCUACCUCAGAGAACUAAAUGUCAUUACAGAAACACAAUGUACUUUAGGUCUUACAGCCUUACGCAGCGAUGAAGUAAUUGAUCUCAUGAUUAAAGAAUACCCUGCCAAACAUGCUGAGUACUCUGUUAUACUUCAAGAGAAAGAACGUCAACGAAUAACUGAUCAUUACAAAGAAUAUUCUCAAAUGCAACAGCAGAACACACAAAAAGUUGAAGCAAGUAAAGUUCCGGAAUACAUUAAGAAAGCUGCCAAGAAAGCUGCUGAGUUCAACAGCAACUUAAACCGUGAACGAAUGGAAGAAAGAAGGGCCUACUUUGAUUUACAGACACAUGUUAUCCAGGUGCCUCAAGGGAAAUAUAAAAUCUUACCUACAGAAAGGACAAAAGUUAGUCCUUAUCCUGUGGCCCUUAUACCUGGCCAGUUUCAGGAAUAUUAUAAAAGAUACUCUCCAGAUGAGCUCCGAUAUUUGCCACUAAAUACAGCUCUCUAUGAGCCUCCCUUAGAUCCAGAGCUGCCUGCCUUGGACAGCGAUGGAGAUUCAGAUGAUGCAGAAGAGCGAGGGGAUGAAAAGCGGAAAAUCAAAGGCAAUUCAGACAAUUCCUCUGGCAAUGUCUCUGAAGGUGAAGUUACUCUUGAAAAUCAGGAUGAACCUGUCCAGGGAAGACAAAAAACACGAGAGAGAAAUUCUACUCCAAGAAAAGAGGGUUCCAAACGAUCUGUAUCCAAAUCGGUUCCUGGGUACAAGCAAAAGGCCAUUCCAAAUGCUAUAUGUGGAAUUUGUCUGAAGGGUAAGGAGUCCAACAAGAAAGGGAAGGCUGAAGCCCUUAUACACUGCUCCCAGUGUGAGAACAGCGGCCAUCCUUCCUGUCUGGACAUGUCUUCAGAGCUUGUGGCGAUAAUCAAGACCUACCCUUGGCAAUGUAUGGAGUGCAAAACGUGCAUUAUAUGUGGGCAGCCUCACCAUGAGGAGGAAAUGAUGUUCUGUGACCUUUGUGACCGUGGCUAUCAUACCUUUUGUGUGGGGCUUGGUGCUAUCCCCUCAGGUCGCUGGAUUUGUGACUGUUGUGAACGGCAGCCUCCAACACCUAGGAGCAGAGGGAAAAGAGGGAAGAACAGCAAAGAAGGAUAAAAAGAGUUACAUCCUCUAUUAAACUGCACAAAAACAAGUGCUAAGCUUGGUGCUAUUUUACCUACCACUCUGUAUAAGGAAAAACACCACUGAAAACACUGUUCACAAAAUAAAGUUUUUAAUUUCA